AUGAGCGAACUGGAAAAUGACGAGGUCAAUCGCCAGCUUUGUGCCGUGGACACUUUUUCUUGGUCACCCGAAACUCAGGAGCAAAUUCUGGCUGAAUGGAACGACUGGCAAAACGAAUCGGAGAAGUCGGGGUUAUGUUGUUCUGAAUGUGGCAAAACGUUUACACGGUCCAACGACCUAAAGCGCCAUACUAGACGAAUACACACUGGAGAACGACCAUUUAAAUGUAUAGAAUGUGGUAAAGAUUUUGCGUCUCGUAACAAGUUGAAACGACAUGAAAAAAUCCACAAGGAGAAGUCAUUGGAAUGUCAUAGAUGUCAUAAGAAAUUUAAUCGCAAGGUAGGUUGAUAUUACAGGACUAUUGUGAAUUAUUUCGAUUCUAUUUGAUAUUGCAAGCUUUUCCUUUAAGGACAAAUUAAACGACCACAUCAAGACGCACGAGAAACGUGGUGCCGAAAGGGAAUAUACAUGUGGUGAGUGUGGUGAGGUGUUUCGAAACAUAUUCCCAUUCCAAGCCCAUCAACAUGAUGUCCAUCAAGUUGGCCGUGGGAAACGUACGAAGACGUCGACCGGGCGAACGAAGAGACAAAGAAAUGAUGAACCAGGUAUGUAUAAAUGAAAAUAUUUCGAUUACUAACUUUGUAUUUAUACAGAUAUUUUUUUCUCUUUUAAGAACCGCCAAGACCUUCGACAUCGGUGAACGAAGGUAAGAGAGUAUAUUCUGUGUAAUAAUUUGAGUUAAAAUCACACUAAUACAUUUUUUCUCCUUUUCAGGAGCUUCCACUUCUACAGUGCAGUCGUCAACGAAGGUAUGAAAUUCAAUUUUUAUACCGUAUAUAGUAUAUUGAUUGUGGUGAUUUGCUGUGUAUAUCAAUAUAAUGUUAAUUACUCGGCUUUAAAACAUUGCCCGGAGAAGGACUUUGAGAUCCUAACGUUUACAUUUGAAGAAUAUUUUCAUGUUGUUUCACUGAUGUUUGUGUUUUGAAAACCUGAUAAAAAAUAAUCGAGUAAUUUUUAAGCGUGGGUUUAUAGUGUGAAAUUUGCAUUUUCCUAAUUAUUCAUAUUAGACUUAUGUUCAUUUGCUUUAGAACUAUUAAUUUAUAUCAUUGUACGAACAUUUACGCUACAUCAUUUUUAUAACAUUCGCUAGCGUUUUAUAGUGAGGUAAAAAAUAAUCAAGUAAUUUUUAUAGCGUGGGUUUAUCAUGUUGCUAUGUGAAAUUUGCAUGUUACUAAUUUAUUCAUGUUAGACUUAUGUCGAUUUUUUAUGAAUCGGGUGUUUGUAUGACAAAAUUAGUGCGAAGCUCUAGACAAAAAUAAAGAAUCGGGUGUUAUUUCUAUAGGACCCCAACCGUUCCCUCAAGACCCCCUAUUACCCCCAUCUAACCUGCCUUCCCAACUUCACCGAGAUGAUUGGCGUGCUAUACGUACGCGACAAAGCCGAGGCAACCGAGUGCAAGAUUGGUACAACUAUCGUCUAAGCUCAGCGAAUAUGGGUCAACUUGUCAACGAUAUAGACCGUAUAUUUGAAGAUCAAACCCCGGUCUUUAAGUUAAAUCUCUCCUUUGGUUUCGUAUUGUUUAACAACGAGACGCAACAAAUGCAAUACCACCACCCCUCAGCAAAUAACAACCGUGUCUUCGACUACCCAUUCCAGAUCCAUAAUCGCGAGGAUUUGGUCCAAGUGCGUACAGCAUUGGAAAACAUCGACAUUCAUGAAUGGGCUCGACAACAGCGUCCCAACUCCAAAUGGAUUGUCAUGGAUUUCACCAACGUUACCUUCUACGUCACCAAACUUCGAGACCAUCCCAUAGGUCGCAGUGUCCGACUACCCAAAUACGUACUGGAGAGCCGCGCCAUCGUUUCGCUCGACUGUAAUGAGCAAACGGGACUACCAUACUAAGACAAACUUUGUUUCUUCCGUUGUUUGGCCCUACACCGUGGUUGUCAUCCCCAUAAUUUGGAACGUGAUACUCACCACUUCUAUGAACAAUAUUCGGAAGAUGACGAUUUUGACGGUGUUACACUAGAGGAACUACCUGAACUGGAAAAGUUAUUCGAACUGAACAUUUAUGUGUAUCGCCUUACAGAGUUACAUGACGAGGACGAAGACAAGACCUCCAUUGUGGCUCAACUCAUACAGCGCUCCCACCGUAGAUAUGCCAAUUCGAUGUAUCUGAACCUCUACGGCAGCCAUUUCAGUUAUAUUAAGAAUUUGGCCAUGUAUUCCAAGUCCUACUGUUGUUGCAAAUGUGACAAAAUGUGGAAAACGGCCAAAGCCUUGAACAAGCACGAGCGAACCUGUGAUGGAAGUAUACGUCAUAUCUUCCCUGGUGGUGCCUACAAAGUUCCACAAUCUAUCUUCGACUUGUUGGCCGAUGAAGGAAUCGAAAUCCCUGAAGACCUCAAGUACUUCCCUUAUCGCGUCACCUUCGACUUUGAAUGUUAUUUUAAACAUACAUCUAACCGUUCAAGAAACACCGAAAAACUCACGUGGCAAGCCGAACAUAUUCCGUUGAGUGUCUCUGUAUGUUCGAACGUCCCUGGCUACACCGAACCCAAGUGCUUUGUUUCCUCUGGUGACACGAGUAAAAUGAUCCAAGAAUUCGUGGAAUAUUUGGUAAAAAUUAGUCAAGAAAGUUAUGUCUUGUUGUUGGAUCUGUUUGCGGAUGUGUUUCGUCAAAUUGAGGAACGAGUUAAUCAGGUAUAAUUCACACGUAUUAAAUUGUUAAUAUAUUUCUUAUCCUUAAUAUUUUUUCUUAUAUCUUUAGGUGGGGGGAAACGCUGAGAUUAUGGAAGUUGCCGCGGGGGAGGAUAAUGAGGUAAAUUAUAGGAAGGUUAUUUUUGCACUUAUAUUCUUUAUAUUCUAAUAUAUCUUAUGUUUUAGCAAAAUACAGAGGAACAGAUGAUAGAGGAAAUGGUGGGAUGUCUGAUGGGCAGUGGCGUAGCUAGCGAAAUUCGAAAGGUCCUGCUCUAAGACCCACAUAAUCUAGUGGGGUCUGGGGCAUGCUCCCCCGGAAAAUUUAUAAUUUUAGAAGUCUGGAAUGGCCAUUUCCUGCGAUUUCACGGCGAAAUACUCCAAAGAGAACAUCAAAACAUUGUGUGAUUUAGUGGAAAAUUUUUUAUAUUUUUUUAGAAAAAAAAUUUGUAACUUUUUGAAAUCGUAUUUCCAUAUUUAUCAUAUUUCACUAUAUAUAUUUUUCAACUUAAAAAUUUAGCUAAAUAUAGUCAAUUCAUGUAAGAGGAGAAUAUCAUGUUUUCAAUACACGUCUGUAAUAUGAUCUUUCACUUGGUCAACGUGCAAUUGCGUAACUCAACAAUUGUUGUAGUCACUGUUGAACAUACAACACUAUAUAUACGGUUAGCAAUCCUAGCAUUCGUUAAAAAAUUACUACGUUUGUUAGUAUGAAAAUUACUUAGUUUGUUAUUAGUACGUUAUUAAACUGAGUGGUAUCAACUACGGACCACUACGCUUGGCACUCUGAUUGUAUAAUUCAGUACGCUAUGCCUAUGGGCUAUGGCUAUGGUAUUUAAUAAUAAAAUUGCCGUAGCGUUUAAAGUAAAUAUAGUGUAUUAAAAUACGGCCAAAUAUCUACAUAAAUAACAGUCAUAAACUUUGUAAAUCUAAAUUGGUAGCUAUAUCAUUUUUAAACUCCAUAUAAGCGCUCGUGUUUCAUGCAAUGCAUAAAGCAGAUGAACUGGCAAAUAAUACGUUCAUACGUUAUAUGAAUACGACACAAAAUACACAAUCGAUUCUGUUGACAUGCAUUUCGUGAGCUAAAAUAUCUUAGCAGAAGCCAGAAAUUAUAUCCAAAUCACAAUGGGCUUCCACGCUGGUUGAUUUCCAUAUUCAUCACUUGAGUAAUCUUGACAGAGUUAGUAAAAAGCGGGUUUAAUCACGCGGAAAGCUCGCAAGAAAAGACAAUGCAAGGCCAAGUCCUGCCAUUUCGAGAGAGCAGGACUUCGUAUUUGUAAACAGCCAGUUUGAGCAUGCGCAGACCUAAUUAUCCAAUCAGAAAGCAAGAUUUCUUGUAUGAAGUUACUAUGAAAUAUACUAGCAAGUCCUGCCAUUUGAAAAUGGCAGGACCGAAACACGAGCGUGUGUAAAUCACUAUAUUGCCCGGAAAUGAGCUUUUGUAGAGUUGUAGUUGCUAGGUAACAGGGACGGUAAGCUGUAAAAUUGCGUAAAUGUAAUGGAAUACGGAAAACUUUUAAAAAAUAAUAACAAAAAAGACGAGAAAAUGAUACAAAAUAACAAUAUGAUAAUAAUAAAUUUUUAAAGCUUCAAGAUAAAUAAAGUAAUGUUUUAGCAAGGAAAUUUUGGGAAAUUUUUAGUCCUGCUGGGCAGGACAAGCAGGACCGCUAGCUACGCCACUGACAGCAAAAGAUGUCGAGAAUAGGUUGUGGCAUUCGAUAAGAAAGACAAAGACAAAACUGAACGAAAGGAGGAGGAAAAGAAGGCAAGCUAAGCUUGCAACAAACCAAAGUUAAACAUCCUAUGCCAAUGGUAUUUUUAAUGAAGUUGACCCCUUUGACGCUUUAUCAUCUGAUGACGAUGAUGGUGGUGACUAUACAUUAGCUAGACGUUUGGCUAAUAAUGAAUCUGAGGACAGUGAUGAUGCACCAUUGUCAGUUCUCAUCAGCAGCAAACAACAAAAGUGACUAUUUGGCAUUCUUACACUGUUAAGUGUUGAGUUUGGACAGACAGGUACAUUGUACCCGUGCAUUAACUUUAACGGUCAUUUUCUCAAAGACCGAAUUUUGCUUACCGUCUGUUCCUUAAGGUGGUCUUACACAACGCAAAGUGUGGUGUUGAGUGAAAUUUGCCAUUUUAAUCAUUUUAACAUACAGUCCAAAUCUAUCAAUUAUAAUUAGAAGAAUUGUCCUCAUGUGUUUUUUUUUUAUCUUUCCAGGGAAAGACGCCCAAGUAGAGUGA